AUGAAACAGACUGUCAAUUAUGGGCAGAAAAUUGAUAUUGGUGAAGAGAAGCUGCAAAACGACACAAGUGCUUAUCUUGUUCCCUACCUCAUCCUGCUCCUCAUCAUUGGAAUUCCCCUGUUUUUUCUGGAACUAGCCGUGGGCCAGAGAAUAAGGCGUGGGAGUAUUGGUGUCUGGAACUAUAUCUGUCCCAGACUGGGUGGCAUUGGAUUUGCAAGUUGCAUUGUAUGUUUCUUUGUUGGACUUUAUUACAACGUUAUCAUUGGCUGGAGUAUUUUUUAUUUUUUUAAAUCAUUCCAGUCUCCCCUCCCGUGGAGUGAGUGUCCUCUCAUAACCAAUGGUACCGUUACCAUUGUGGAACCAGAAUGUGAAAAGAGUUCAGCUACAACCUACUUCUGGUACAGAGACACUCUGAACAUUGCCAACAACAUCAAUGAAGGAGGAGGUCUGAACUGGAAGAUGACUCUGUGUCUCCUGUCGGCUUGGUUCCUCGUAGGAUUGUGUACAAUCAAAGGUAUCCAGUCAUCUGGUAAGGUGAUGUACUUCAGUUCUCUGUUUCCAUACGUCGUUCUGAUUUGUUUCCUGGUUCGAAGUCUGCUCCUCAGAGGCUCGAUUGAUGGAAUUCUUCACAUGUUCACUCCUAAGCUGGAGAAGAUGAUGGAAUCCCAGGUAUGGAGGGAAGCUGCUACACAAGUGUUCUUUGCUCUCGGACUUGGGUUUGGGGGAGUCAUCGCGUUCUCAAGUUACAACAAAAAAGAUAACAACUGUCAUUUUGAUGCAGCCCUUGUUGCUUUCAUCAAUUUCUUCACCUCUGUUCUGGCAACACUUGUGGUGUUUGCAGUCCUUGGAUUCAAAGCUAACGUGAUGAAUGAGAAAUGCGUCAUAAC